AUGCUACCGCAGGACCAGCAGGAUUGCAACCCAUGCGAGAUUUUCAAUCAGGAUGACACAGAGCAGCUGCUGAUCACAGAUCGUUUGCACGUGCCGAAGGUCGAGAAUCCCGCGUUGAUCGUCUCCGAGAGUAUCGUGCAGUGCAGUCUCUGCGAAGACGGUUUCGUGUCCGAGCAGGCACUCGGAAUGCAUCUAGAGAUGCACGAGCAGAGCAACGCACAAUUGCAGGAUGACCAGCUGGUUUGCGAGCAUUGCGGCGGUGGUUUCGCCACGACCUCCGCUCUGGAGGAACAUCAAUUGAAGCACGAGUCGGACGAUGGUUAUACAUGCGAGACGUGCGGGUUCGUCGCGACGCACAAAGAGAGCUUGAUCGCUCAUCAGAAACGACACAGUCUCGACUACAAAUAUCAGUGCGCGAUCUGCAGCGCUGCGUUCUUCUCCCGUAACGGUUACCAAGAACAUCUGAACACUCAACAUUCCAACGACAAACCGUUCCAAUGCGAAGUCUGCAACGCCACAUUUCGAUACCGUCAAGGCUUGAGGCUGCACGCCAAGCUGCAUCAACCGGACUACGUGCCGCCUCAAAGGAAACACCACUGCGAGCUCUGCAACAAACGGUUCUCCAGGAAACAGGUGCUGCUGGUGCACAUGAAAACACACGGGAACGCGGGACCCCAGAACGAGUUCAUAUGCCCUGUCUGCGGCAAAGCGGUGUCCAGCAAGACCUACCUGACCGUUCAUCUGCGCAAGCACACUGGCGAGAAACCACACGUUUGCGAUCUAUGCGGUAAAGGCUUCAUCUCGCAGAACUAUCUGAGCGUACACCGACGCACGCACACCGGCGAAAGGCCUCAUAAAUGCACCCACUGCGAGAAACGGUUCACCCAACGGACCACAUUAGUGGUGCACCUGAGAGGUCACACCGGCGACCGGCCGUAUCCUUGCACCUGUUGCCACAAAUCGUUCGCCUCGAAAACGAUGCUGAACUCGCAUCUGAAGACGCACGCCAAGCAAACCGCCCGGCAACAAUUGGAACAGCAACAACAAGAACAGCAGCUACAACCGGAUCCUGAGGUUCAGACUCAGGACCAGUCCCUUGACACAAUAACUAUAUUAUUGCCUAGCUAGAAUACUUCGAAUAGCCGAGCGACAAUCGAAUAGAUAUUAUUCUGAAGGAUGAUCAGUGUUUACGGAGAGAACAUUUUACGUUCAGGUCGACGAAAAGGCGCACAGAAAUUAGCUUAUGUUCCGAAGAUAAACGCCGCUGUCCAUACUUUUUGUGAUUGUAAAGAGCGUGGUACAUUGCUACCUGGAACUGGCAGUCUGUGAAUGCUCGUUUAUUUUUAUAUGACAGCGAAA